AUGGCAACAUGUUCUUGCCAGGCACACGCCUUAAAAGAGAAGGGGAACCUGAUGGAGCUAGUGGAUCCGAGGUUGGGAUCAGACUUUGACAGAGAAGAAGUGUUGGUGAUGAUUAAUGUAGCCCUCCUCUGCACUGACGUCUCACUAGCCGUCCGGCCUGCUAUGUCUUCAGUUGUAAGCAUGCUUGAGAGUCGAAUGGUCCAUGAAUUGAUUUCAGAACCAACAGUCUCAGGCACUGGGAUUACGCUGGAGAGCAUUGAAGAAAACACGAAUAACAGGCAAAUCCAAAGCGUGUCAAUUGAUGGACCAUGGACGGCUUCUUCUGCUUCUGCUUCUGCUGGCAAUCUCUACCCUGUCAAUUUGGAUUCUGCUUAUUUGGCAAAAAGAUAA